AUGUAUUUGAUUCCUGUUGAAAUUGAAUUCCCUCCGGUCAUUCAUGGUCGAUAUAGCCAAUCAAAGGUGGAGGAAUUGGAGAGAGAACGUAACUUCGAAGUAUUGGAGCCUGAUGAGGAAUUUCAAAAUGACGAGCGCGAGAUGAAAACAAUUCCGCUGGAAUACAUAAGCGAUGAAGAGAAUGAUAAUGUUGAAGAGAAUGAGGAAAGCAAUGAAGGAAAUAACAACGAGGAAGAUGAGAGUUGUAACUACCAAGAAGAGAAUGUUGUGAAUAACCUUCCGAGUAGUUCACAAAUUUGUACAACUCCACGUUUACAUUACGGUUAUUUGCCGCCUUCCAAUCAACCAAGCGGUCUCAAAUCAAUUCUUAAGAAUAGUCGGUCGCGUGAAAGGAGCGUCUAUAUUGGGACCGAAAGAUCUAAUCCAACUCUUCCAACAACCAGCAAGUAUUCUCGCACCAAUAAUAAUGAUGGAGAUGAUGAGAGCGAUGAUUUAGAAGAAAUUGAAUGCGUUAAAUAUAUCAAGAAGCCACGUUCAAGUCCGCCGCCUAGCCCAACUGGUUCUGAAGUGGAUUUGGCAAUUGCUUAUAAAAAUAAUUUGAGUGGAUAAUUUGAAAAGUUUAUUUUAUUUUUUGUCGUGCAAGAACAUUUUUUUGUUAUUUUUUAAUUAUUUGAUAUAUUCUGGUAAAGAUAAAAAUUGUGUAAGUGGAAUUCUGCAACUGGAAGGGGUAUCAAGAAUAUUUUUUGACUUUCAAAGGUUGUGUGGCCUUUAAGAUUUUUAGUUUGCCAUUUAACAAUAGAUGACUGUGAUAGAUAAUUUUUAUUCGAAAUAAGAUUUUUACAAAAGAAAAGUUGAAAAAAAAGUCUGAAAGAAAAUUAUUUGUAUCAAGAAUAUUUU